AUGGAGAGCAUCCGCGCCCUCACCAGGGCCGGUCACGCAGUCGCGUGCACCAUCCACCAGCCCCGGCAAGCCAUUGUUGACAUGUUCGACAAAGUCUUGUUCCUGGCUUGCGGACACUUGGUCUACAACGGGCCCCCGAGUGGCUUGAAGAAGUGGCUUACUGAGUCAAACCUUUGGGACCCAGAAAGGGCAAUGACCACCUCCAUCACUGACAUGGUCUUGGACUGCAUCACCGUUGGCUUCGAGAAAAGCGAAACGAUCUACGGGUCCAGGACUUUGAGGGAUGAGGAGGACGUAGAGCGUUUGGCGGAGGCCUAUCUCGACUCGAUUCAGGGGCGAGUUAUCACCCCAGACGCUUCUCCGAAGAGCUUCGUAAUGCUCAAUGCUCGGCCUGGCGUCCUGUGCCAGUACUGGACGCUCCAGCGACAGCAAUUGCGGAGCUCUUUGCGGAGUCCUGGGACCCUGGCAGCACGGAUAGGCCUGCACUUCCUGAUCGGUCUUCUAAUGGGCUCUGUUUAUUUUCGGAUGAACCGCAGCUAUAUCCAAGCUCCAGAAGGGGUCUGGCGACUGCUGCCCUUGCCUCUUCAGAGGCACUCCAGUAUGCCGGAAGAUCGCGUCGGAGUCCUGUUUCUGCUAGCGCUGGCACAAACAGUGACCCCUAACUGCGCCAUGCCUUUCUUCAUAGAUGAUCGCCAGUAUUAUACGAAAGAGGCCGCGGCGCGCCUAUAUGGAGCCUUGCCCUACCAUCUUGCAAAUGUAGUGAGCGAAGCCGUGGUGUGUGCUGUCAACGGCGUGCUUGCCUCGGGAAUCGCUACCCUGAUGGCAGGGCUUCCUCUGAGUGGCAACUGGUACUCCACUAUGGCCUUCCUUGUGUCACACCACAUGUGCGCCUCUGCGCUGGUACAGAUGUGUGCUCGGCUGGCCCCAAACCAGGAUGUCGCAUUCGUCCUGAGCGCAGGCUACAUCAUCGUCUGCAUGCUCUUUGCCAACGUGGUGGUAAAGGUUUGCACAGUCACCCCUUUGCUAGCUUGGAUGCGCUGGUGCACCUUCCUCUACUUUUCAAUGGCAGGGCUCAUCGAAGUUGAGUUUUCCGGUACCAAAGAGCAAGACUUCCCAGCAGGAGACCGUGUCGUUGACACGUUCCGCAUACAGUGGGGUAAUGGCGAAGAUGCCUACACCCUGAGUGAGGGAGACUGCUUCAUUUGCCUAUGGUGCUUCUACUUUUUCUUCUCGAUGGUUGGCUUUUUCGCGUUGAAGUUCGGAAGCAAGUCUCAGGUAUGA